CACCCCUGUCACUAGAGGACCCAAAUUUGGGUUAAUCUGGAACAAGGAAGGUGGAGGAAGUUGCAGUCUUGUGAUCGUAGAGAUCUGGUGGAUGAAAGUGGAAUGAUAAGGUCCUUCAGAUAAUCCGCUGGUGGAAGCCAUGAAAGGUCGCAGCCGCAGAGUUGGAAGAACUGCAAGAAAGAGGAAACGGAAACGUGAACAAUCCGUCCGUUCAGUUUCUCUAAGUCAUCAGCUGCAGUACGUCAGGCUGAUGAAGUUUCUCCACCAGAGAGGAUUCAGCUCAACGCUGCUGCAGCCUGCUCUGUUCUCUGACACAGGAAGAGGACUGCAGACUCUCCAAACUAUAAUGCCAGGGGAGCUGGUUGUUUCUCUGCCAGAAUCCUGUCUCCUCACAACUUCUACUGUUCUCAGCAGCUACCUGGGAGAGUACAUCAAAAGUUGGAAACCCCGCCUUUCUCCUCUCUCGGCGCUUUGUGUUUUCCUGGUGUGUGAGCGCCAGCGUGGGGAGGCCUCUGAUUGGUUCCCGUACAUUGACGUGCUGCCCUACUCUUAUGCCUGCCCCACAUAUUUCUCAGAAGAGGUGGCAGACGUCCUACCGGCCGGCGUGAGGAGGCGGGGCUUAGAGCAGAGGGAGGCGGUGCGUGAGAUGCACUCCUCCAAUCAGGAGUUCUUCAGGACUCUGCAGCCAGUUCUGAGCCAGCCCAUAGAAGAUGUGCUGACUUAUGAAGCUCUGAGGUGGGCGUGGUGCAGUGUAAACACGCGCUCUGUCUUCAUGUCCCGGCCGUCCAGCUGCUUCCUGUCUGGACCUGAUAGUUACGCUUUAGCUCCCUUCCUGGAUCUCCUCAACCACCGCCCUGAUGUCCAGGUAAAAGCGGGUUUUAAUGAUCAGACAAAAUGCUAUGAAAUCAGGAGUGUCUGUGGUAUACCGUGCUACGAGCAGGCCUUCAUUAACUAUGGUUCCCAUGACAACCAGCGCCUGCUUUUGGAGUACGGAUUUGUUGCCAUGAAUAAUCCACAUAGCGUCGUGUACGUGGAACCAGACUUGCUGUGUGACAUUUUAAGAGGUGAGAAGAGUUUGGAUCAGAAGAUGAAGUUCCUCAGAGAAAAUCAUUUCCUUGAGAAUCUCACCGUGUCCAGUGAAGGUCCCAGUUGGAGGCUGAUGGUGGCUCUAAGACUGCUGUCUCUGCCACAAACACUAUACCACCUAUGGAGGCCAGCGCUGCUCGGUCAAGUUGUUGAUGAAAAGACAGAAGUGAGAAGCAGCCAGACAGCCAGGACUUUAUGUCAACAGCUGCUGAAAGAUACACACAUAGCUCUGGAUAAGAUCUCCCAGCUUCUGGGUCAGUGUGGGGGGCCACUCAGGGAGCAGCUGGAGGUGGUGAGGGCAUUGCGCCAGGAGGAGAGGUGGAUCUUGGAGAACUGUGUUACAGCUCUGAAAGACUCAGUGAUUCUAGAAAAAGAGACGUCCUCAUGCAAAGCAAACAUUGGAGCGAAGAGCUGACACCUUACCGGUCUUCUGUUCACACAGCUGCUGUAUCAUUCUUCUUCCUGCCCACAAAGCAGCUAAAAAGACAUUAAAAGUGCCACUUUGAUCCAAAGAUUAUAAGAAGUAGUGGUGCACCGAUUACAGUUUUCUGGAUGAUCACUGAUCUU